AUGGAGCCAGACUUGCCAAUGGAAAUGCAGCAUCCGUACUGGCACAUCUCCCGCAUUGCGCCAAGCGUCAUCAUGGCCUUCUGCGUCCUACUGGGCAUCCCUGGAAACCUGGCAGUGGUGGUGGUGGUGGUAAGAAAUCUGGAGCGUGGGAACUUUACUCUGCGUCUGAUGCUGAACUUGGCUUUGUGUGACCUGCUGGUCCUGCUCUGCCUGCCUCUUGUCAUCUAUAACCUGCAGAAGAACUGGGACCUGGGCCCCGAACUCUGCAAGACACUCUUUCUCCUACUACAUGGUGGUCUGAACGCCAGCGUGCUGACCAUCACCCUGCUGAGCGUGCAGCGCUACAUCCAAGUACUUUACCCUCAGAACUGGGCAAGGCUUGGUCGCCUGGGGGAGGAGGCCCUGCUGUUAUUCUUGUGGGGGCUUGCAGGGCUCAUAGCCUGCCCCUCCCUCUUAGUGCGAGACAUCAGUACCAAGAGCCUCCUCAGUUCCUGCUCCUCACACUACCCAAGCAGGGCUGUGGAGAUGAGCGUGCUGCUGCUCCAGACCGUGGUGGGCUUCCUGAUGCCCUGCUGCAUCCUGGGAACCUCCUACUUCUUCCUCCAUCGCAGGGUGAGUCUGGCCUCUCAGUUGCGACAGCAGCGCCUCACCAAGCUAGUCGGCAGCAUCAUGGUGUCCUUCUUCUCCUGCUGGGCUCCUCUACACCUGUUCAACAUGCUGGCGGCGGUCAAUGUGGCCUUGAAGAACAAGGAGUUGUACCGGGUGUGUGAGAUUGCCUGGGACUUCCUCAUCGCCUGCUCCACAUUCAACAGCUGCCUGAACCCUUUCCUCUAUGCCUUUGCUUCUUCUGACUUCCGCAGGGACCAUCCUCAGCCCACCAGCACAUAG